CGAACCACACGUCACGCAUGCGCCAGAGGUCGGAGUUGAAAUGCACGAGGCGGUUCGCGGGAAACGUCCCAAAACAAAUCGGUUAUGAAGAACACAAAGUUUUUCAAGGUGACUCUCCAAACGAACAUCGGCUCGCGGAUUUCCUCACCCGGUCGUCCUCUAGAGUAAAAAUACGGCGUUAAAAGUAUCCGUGCUAAUAGCCUUUAAGCUAGUGGAGCAGCUUCCGAACACGCGUGUUAGCGAAACUCUCAACAGACUUGAGGAGGGUUGUGAAUACUGUCCUGAAGAGUGAGCGAAAUGGCAGAAAGGCCAGAAGAUCUCAACCUUCCCAACGCGGUCAUCACACGCAUCAUCAAGGAGGCGCUCCCAGAUGGGGUGAAUGUGUCAAAAGAAGCACGCAGAGCAAUAUCCCAAGCUGCCAGUGUCUUUGUGCUGUAUGCAACAUCUUGUGCAAACAACUUUGCCAUGAAAGCCAAGCGAAAAACUUUGAAUGCAGGCGACGUCCUAGCUGCAAUGGAGGAAAUGGAGUUUGAGCGGUUCAUGGAGCCUCUCCGAGAAGCUUUGGAAGUGUAUAAGAAGGGCCAAAAGGGAAAGAAGGAAGUGUCAGAACAGAAACGCAAAGAUAAAGAGAAGAAAACAGACUCUGAAAAUGAUAAGAGCCGGGAGGAGGAUGAGGAGGAGGAACGCAUGGAGGAAGAAGCUGAAGCAGAGAACGAGGUGGAGGAAGAGGAGGUGGAAAACUGAGAACAGUUCCCACACUCGGAAGUGCUGUUUAAAUGAUGAAUUGCACCCUGGCAGCCCGUGUGGGGUUAACACGAGGAUCUCAGUAGAAACUGAUUGGUUUAUUGUCCGGGUUGUUGCUUUUUGUCUCCUAUCCUCUGAAAUCCAGAUGUUAAAAGAAAGCACAACAUACUUUCAAGUCUGUCAUUCCGCUUUGCUGUGUUUUGGCACGUGACAAAAUGGAACACACCCUAACUAACUGGUGUUGACCAGUUUCCUUGCUUAAGUACAUCUUGGAUCAGGUGUCUCUGAGUAACAAUCGGUGUUUAGGUUUGACAAAUAGCAGAAGUAGAAACAUCCUUUACAAGCAUAGUAAUGUGCUGUCAGUUUUUAAUGCUAUGGCUGUUUCCAAAUAUGUCACGAACCGAUGUAUUGUAUUGUUGGAUUGAUAAAAUUAACUUGGCCAACGGGAUUCAAUAUGGUCCAUCCUGGAGAUCAACUUUAAAAUGACAAGGUUAUAUAAUUUAAUGCAGCUACUGGAGAAUUGAUGUGAGCUGCACAGGAAUAAUUCAUGGGCGGG